GCAGUCCGAGCCUCAGACGCGCGGGCGCGGGUCACUGCACACAGGGACCGCCCGACUGGGCCACCAGAGGCGACAGCUUCCCGGAGCUCGAGCGGCAGCUGCUCUCCGGCGUUCAGGGCAGUCGCGCGCCGGCGGCUGAGCGGUGGGCGCGGCGCGAGAACGAAUCAUUGCAGUAUCCUUCCUCAGCACCUGUUAGCCCUGUUUGCUAAAGAGUUGGACCAAAGCUGCUCUCAGCAGUUGGUAUCACCCAGGAAAAGAACCGUCUCUGAGGUCAGGGACACAUUUGGGAGGGUCUUGGCGCAGUGGCCCAUCUGAAGAGUAAUGCUAAGAAGAGCUUUUCUGGCUUAGAGAAUUAAAAGGAAGAAGAACACCUUCUGUGGAUAAGGCGCUCUUUAGAGUUCCCUGCAUGAGAAUCAUUUAAACAUUGCCCACAAAUCUUCUGUGGAAGACAACCAGGAGGUUCAGCUGGGGGAGAUCAGAAGCAGGCUCAGCUACUGCAGCUUCACAUCAUGCUAGGGAAUUCGCGUGUGCCUGCAGGCGGCGUGGCCGUGGUCCUCUUCCUGUGCCGGGCGAUGAGUGCACUGGAGGUGCCCCUGGAUUUGGUGCAGCCUCCAACCAUCACUCAACAGUCUCCAAAGGACUAUAUCAUUGACCCUCGGGAGAACAUUGUAAUCCAGUGUGAGGCCAAAGGGAAACCUCCUCCAAGCUUUUCCUGGACCCGAAACGGGACUCAUUUUGAUAUAGAUAAAGACCCUCUGGUCUCCAUGAAGGCUGGCUCGGGAACACUCAUAAUCAACAUCAUGAGCGAGGGCAAGGCAGAGAGCUAUGAAGGAGUGUAUCAGUGCACAGCGAGGAACGAACGAGGAGCUGCGAUUUCCAACAACAUCGUCGUCCGCCCUUCCAGAUCACCACUGUGGACUAAAGAAAAACUUGAACCAAUAACACUACGAAAUGGUCAAUCUUUAGUACUUCCCUGCAGGCCCCCAAUUGGAUUACCACCAGCCAUAAUUUUUUGGAUGGAUAAUUCUUUUCAAAGACUUCCACAAAGCGAGAGGGUUUCCCAGGGCCUGAAUGGAGACCUUUACUUCUCCAACGUCCUCCCAGAGGACACCCGUGAAGACUAUAUCUGUUACGCUCGGUUUAAUCACACCCAGACCAUCCAGCAGAAGCAGCCUAUAUCCGUGAAAGUGCUUUCAGUGGAUGAAUUGAAUGACACUAUAGCUGCUAAUUUGAGUGACACUGAGUUUUAUGGUGCUAAGUCAAGUAGAGAGAGGCCCCCAACAUUUUUAACUCCAGAAGGCAGUAAAAGUACCAAAGAGGAAUUAAGAGGAAAUGUGCUUUCGCUCGAGUGCAUUGCCGAAGGCCUGCCUACCCCAAUUAUUUACUGGAUAAAAGAAGAUGGAAUACUGCCCCCCAGCCGGACAUUUUAUAGAAACUUCAAGAAAACCCUACAGAUCACUCAGGUUUCAGAAGCGGACUCUGGAAAUUACCAGUGUAUAGCAAAAAAUACACUGGGAACCAUCCAUCACACUAUUUCUGUGACAGUUAAAGCGGCUCCAUAUUGGAUCAUGGCCCCUCAAAACCUGGUGCUGUCCCCGGGAGAGAAUGGGACAUUGAUCUGCAGUGCUAACGGUGACCCCAAGCCCAGAAUUAACUGGUUAAUGAAUGGCGUCCCAAUAGAAAUUACUCCUGAUGACCCCAGCAGAAAAAUAGAUGGUGAUACCAUUAUUUUUUCAAAUGUUCAAGAAAGAUCCAGCGCAGUGUAUCAGUGUAAUGCCUCAAAUGAAUAUGGAUAUUUACUGGCUAAUGCAUUUGUGAAUGUGCUAGCUGAGCCACCUCGAAUCCUCACCCCUGAGAACACACUUUACCAGGUCAUAGCAAACAGGCCUGCUCUGUUAGACUGUGCCUUCUUUGGGUCUCCUCUUCCUACCAUUGAGUGGUUUAAAGGGGCCAAAGGAAGUGCUCUUCAUGAAGACAUUUAUGUUCUACAUGAAAAUGGAACUUUGGAAAUCCCUGUGGCCCAGAAGGACAGCGCAGGAACCUACACAUGUGUUGCAAGGAAUAAACUGGGAAUGGCAAAGAAUGAGGUUCACUUAGAAGUCAAAGAUCCCACAAGAAUCAUUAAGCAGCCUGAAUAUGCAGUUGUGCAAAGAGGGAGCACUGUGUCCUUUGAGUGCAAAGUGAAACAUGAUCACACCUUAGUCCCCACGGUCACAUGGCUCAAGGACAACAAUGAGCUGCCCAAUGACGAAAGGUUCAGCGUGGACGGGGACCAGCUGGUGGUGACUGAUGUGGGUGACCAUGAUAGCGGGACCUACACAUGCGUGGCCAAUACGACGCUGGACAUGGUUUCUGCCAGUGCUGUGCUCAGUGUCGUGGAUGUCCCAAAUCCUCCCUUUGACUUAGAAUUGACAGAUCAACAGGACAAGAGUGUACAGCUGUCAUGGACUCCGGGGGAUGACAACAACAGCCCUAUUACAAAAUUUAUCAUUGAGUAUGAAGAUGCAAUUCAUGAGGCCGGGCUGUGGCAUCACCAGGCAGAAGUGUCAGGCACGCAGACCACAACGGAGCUGAAGCUGUCGCCUUUCGUGAACUACUCCUUCCGCGUGCUGGCGGUGAACAGCAUUGGAAGGAGCUUGCCCAGUGAGGCCUCGGAACAGUAUCUGACAAAAGCUGCGGAGCCGGAUAAUAACCCCACGGCUGUGGAAGGACUCGGAUCUGAGCCGGACAACUUGGUGAUUACUUGGAAGCCCUUGAGCGGUUUUGAAUCGAACGGGCCAGGCCUGCAGUACAAGGUCAGCUGGCGCCAGAAGGAUGGAGAUGAUGAGUGGACCUCCGUGGUGGUGGCCAACGUGUCCAAGUACAUUGUCUCCGGCACGCCAACCUUCGUUCCAUACCUGAUAAAGGUGCAGGCCCUGAACGAUGUGGGGUUUGCUCCGGAACCGGCUGUCGUCCUGGGACACUCUGGAGAAGACCUCCCCAUGGUGGCUCCUGGAAACGUGCACGUGAAUGUGGUGAACAGCACCUUAGCCGAAGUGCACUGGGACCCCGUGCCUCUGAAAAGUAUUCGAGGACACCUCCAAGGCUAUCGGAUUUACUACUGGAAGGCAUCACAAAGGAACAGGCGUCACCUGGAGAAGAAGAUCCUCACCUUCCAGGGCAGCAAGACUCAUGGCAUGUUGCCAGGGCUCGAGCCCUUCAGCCACUACACGCUCAAUGUGCGGGUGGUCAACGGGAAGGGGGAGGGCCCGGCCAGCCCCGACAGAGUCUUCCACACUCCAGAAGGAGUCCCCAGUGCUCCCUCGUCUUUGAAGAUUGUCAAUCCUACACUGGACUCUCUCACUUUGGAAUGGGACCCACCAAGCCACCCCAAUGGCAUUUUGACUGAGUAUACCCUAAAAUACCAGCCAAUUAACAGCACACAUGAAUUAGGCCCUCUGGUAGACUUAAAAAUUCCCGCCAACAAGACACGCUGGACUUUGAAAAAUUUAAACUUCAGCACUCGGUAUAAGUUUUAUUUAUCUGCACACACAGCAGCAGGAUUGGGGAGUCAGAUUACAGAGGAAGCGGUGACCACUGUGGACGAAGCGAUGGCAAGCCGGCAGGUGGAUAUCGCCACUCAGGGCUGGUUCAUCGGCCUCAUGUGCGCUGUUGCUCUCCUCAUCCUCAUCUUGCUGAUCGUUUGCUUCAUCAGAAGAAACAAAGGUGGUAAAUAUCCAGUGAAAGAAAAGGAAGACGCCCACGCCGACCCAGAAAUCCAGCCAAUGAAGGAAGAUGAUGGAACGUUUGGAGAGUACAGCGAUGCUGAGGACCACAAGCCUUUGAAAAAAGGAAGUCGCACACCUUCAGACAGGACUGUGAAAAAGGAAGACAGCGACGACAGCCUAGUGGACUAUGGAGAGGGAGUGAAUGGGCAGUUCAAUGAGGAUGGCUCUUUCAUUGGACAGUACAGUGGUAAGAAAGAGAAAGAACCAGCGGAAGGGAAUGAGAGCUCCGAGGCCCCUUCCCCUGUCAAUGCCAUGAAUUCCUUUGUUUAGCCCUUCCAGCUCUUUGCCGUGAUUCCAUUUCUCAAGAAUUUCUCUUAAGCACUUGUUUGUCAGCUCUCUCAUGCUAUGAACAUACAAGUGGAAGGUCUGUUUUCUGCUGUAUGUUAAUAUUACGAGAGCAGUUAGAGCUAGAAGGCGACUCAGGCCGGUUCACGUGAGUUGGAAUGCACAGUGCACAUUUUCUGCUCAAGAUGGAUAGUCUUCAUUUCUCAGAACUCAUAGAAAUAACACAACAUCAGCAACAGAUGAUGUCAUUUCCUCUUUGGAAUACAGUUCAACCUGAUGCAUGAAAAAUGCUACCUGUGUAAAGGGCAUACCUGUGUACGCUAUUCAAAUAUGGUUUGGUACUCUGUUUAUACUAUCCUCAGCAGAGCCCCCCGAAUAUGAAUUCCAUUUUCAUUGUCCAGAGUGUAGUGUUCUCUAGAGCUUCAGUGUCUUGGUGGGCAUUGCUGUGAAAUGGGUGACUGUGACUAGCUGUGGUUAGUCUUUUGGGGGAGAUUGGUAGGAAGAGUGUGUACAGUAUCUACUUGCUAAAUGAGUUCAUUCUGACCGUUGCAUUUGCUGAUGCUUGUGAGACUCUGUCCCCUGCUCUUGGCUCCUGUUACUUCUAGGCUUCUUCAUGCGCCAUGUGUUACAGCAGCACAAUGUUCUGCUUUCUACCCUCUCUCUGCCUACGGUUCUUUUUAGAUUUAAGCAAUGUGUUUCACGAUGCAUUUCAGCAGUGAAGCCACACAGAAAGCAUCAAACACAAAUCACUCGAACGUUCAGAAAUGACUCCAGAAAACCCAGGUCAAGACACAUGUAGUGCCUUCAGACAGGAAGCAUUCCACACCAUAUGAGCCAUUAUGGCCAACUGGAUUACUGCCCAGGCUGCUUUUUAGAAGCAAAGACAGUGAAAGCUGCAAUGAUGGGCCAGAGCUGGGGUGAGGGAGGGAAGGAAAUGUGAAAAUCAGAAGCAUAGGGCAAUUUAUCUCAGAGAGCAUUUCCCCCAUAAAGUCUAGAAAGAAAAACUUUAUUACCAAUUGGAAUACAGGACGAUUUUGUAGUCUUCCCUAGUUUCUAUAAAACAAAUCUCAUUCCGUUAAACAGAUGUCAGCAUAGUAGCCAAUUCAUAGAAAAAAAAACAGGUUAUUCCGAAACUGGAAACACGCAGCAGCGUUCCAAUGCUAGUAAUACACCAUGUGCUAAGACUUUACCUUCGUGAGCUUCUGAAAUGCUCUGCACCAUGAAGUAAUACAUGUUUGUGUGCAAAUGGUGGCAGACACAUUUGAGCAUCUAGGAAACUCCAACAAGUGCUUUAAAAAGCCACAAUGCUGCAUCUGCAGCCUAAAAAGUAAAUAUACCUUCACAUCUAUAGUCUAUCCCACUGUUAAACACUCUAUCUUCAAUGGUUUACCUCCAGAUAUGAACAUCUAUAACAACCUAUGGUUGAAGGAAUGCUCUGUUUCAUUUGCCAAUCAAUUGGUUCCUCAUAACUUGCAUCAAGUUUAAUUUUAAGUAAAGCUUUUAAUAUGUAGAUAUUGUGUUGAAUUUGUAAAUACACUUGAAGUGUAGAUGCAAUAAGCCUAUAGGUGUGACAUGCAAAUAAACAUGCAAAAGUG